GUCCGCCUCCCUCCCUCUCUCUGCUCCCUCCCCCCGCGGGGGCCGGUGUCAUUUCUCUUUAGUGUUUGCCGAUGUAGGAGCUGUAUCUGGGGGUCUCUCCCUGGACACAGGAUCUAUGAAGGAUCUAACUGGGAACCAUAAAGAAAAGUUUGGCAGCUCAAGGAUUUGGAAGUCUUAAACGAUCCAAAUAGAUCUCGUCAACUAUAAAUAUAAUUGUGGGAAAUUUGACAGACUAGAGUUAGAAAUCUACAAUGUACAAAGUAAUAGAGAAUGGCGCAAGUUAAAGUCCAGACUGCAGCAAACCUGUCGGGGUCUACCCUAGGUGCCACGGUGCAAUCACCAUUGGUUACUAGUGCAGCUCCUCUGGGUCUGCAGCCUUCUGUGAAUGGGUCAGUCCCAGCCUCAACUUCCAGCUGUGUCAGUCCUGCAGCUGGACUUGUGGAUUCUACUGCUUCACUUAAUAACUCACCAGUUUCUUUCCAGGAAAACAUGGCAAACCCCAAAGAGAAAACCCCAAUGUGUCUGGUGAAUGAGUUAGCCCGUUUCAACAGAAUCCAGCCCCAAUACAAGCUUCUGAAUGAAAGAGGGCCUGCCCAUGCCAAGAUUUUCACUGUGCAGUUGACCCUUGGAGAGCAGACUUGGGAAGCUGAAGGUAGUAGCAUUAAAAAAGGUCAACAUGCUGCUGCAGCCAAAGCAUUGAGUGAAACAAAUCUCCCAAAACCAACUCCACGGCCACCAAAAGCAAAUAUGAAUAAUAAUCCAGGAAGCAUAACGCCUACCGUAGAGCUAAAUGGUCUUGCAAUGAAGAGGGGCGAGCCUGCUAUUUACAGACCUUUAGAUCCGAAACCAAUGCCCAACUACAGAGCUAAUUAUAACUUCAAGGGCAUGUACAAUCAAAGGUACCAUUAUCCAGCCCCUAAGUUAUUUUACGUCCAGCUCCUUGUGGGGAACACCGAGUUUAUUGGAGAAGGACGGACCCGUCAAGCCGCCAGACACAAUGCUGCCAUGAAAGCCCUCCAAGCUCUUCGUGAUGAACCUAUUCCAGAAAAGCCACCUCAGAGUGAAGAAAUGUCAAAUGAAGGCGAAGAGGACACCGAUGUCAACAAGUCGGAAAUCAGCUUGGUGUUUGAGAUUGCUUUGAAGCGCAACAUGCCUGUCAAUUUUGAGGUAACUAGAGAAAGUGGCCCUCCUCACAUGAAGAGCUUUGUUACUCGUGUGUCAGUUGGAGACUUUACAGCAGACGGAGAAGGAAAUAGUAAGAAACUCUCUAAAAAACGAGCAGCAAUAUCUGUUCUGCAAGAGCUGAAGAAACUUCCUCCCCUUCCAGUGAUAGAGAAACCUAAAUCUCACUAUAAGAAGAGGCCCAAGUCUAUACUAAAGACUGGUCCUGAGUAUGGCCAGGGGAUGAACCCCAUCAGUCGACUUGCCCAGAUCCAACAGGCUAAGAAGGAGAAAGAACCCGAGUAUCUACUGUUGUCUGAAAGGGGCUUGCCUCGACGCAGGGAGUUUUUAAUGCAGGUCAAAGUGGGCAUGGAUAUGGCUACUGGAACGGGCCCUAACAAGAAAGUUGCAAAGCGUAACGCUGCUGAGGCCAUGCUGCUGCAGCUCGGUUACAAGGCAUCAACGCCUUUGCAAAGUCCACAGGAAAAGCUGGGUGAAAAGGGCUGGGAUGGACGGAAAGUGACUUUUGCAGAUCAGCCAAGUGGACCCCAGAAGGGAAUUCUCCAUCUCUCCCCUGAUGUUUAUCAGGAGAUGGAAGCAAGUCGCAACAAGGCAGCUCCUGGUGUUGCUAUAAACUAUCUGACAUCUACAGAAAUGGACCAGGGAUCGAGUUCAUUUUUCAGCACCACGAGCCACACUGCAACCAUUGCGAGGGAGCUUCUCAUGAAUGGAACAUCCCCGACUGCUGAAGCUAUAAGCUUGAAAGGAAAAGCACCUACUUCCCCCUGUUCAACAGUACAGCCCUCUCAACAGCUCGAGUACUUAGCCAGAAUUCAAGGCUUUCAGGUGCAAUACAGUGAUAUGCAGAACGGCAAAGAGUGUAUGACCUACCUGACACUUUCACCUAUACAAAUGACUUUUCAUGGCAUAGGAAACUCUAUUGAAGCUAGCCGUGAUCAGGCAGCUCUAAGUGCCUUGAAACAGCUGUCUGAACAAGGACUCGACCCGAUGGAAGGUGCAAUCAAGAUAGAAAAUGGAUCUGUUGAAAUACCAUCCACAUUUCUGGGAGAGAUGGCAGAAAAUAAACAGGCUAACUCAGGCACCACAGCUCAGGACUGCAAGGAUUCAAAGGCUGUCGUCAAGGAGCCUGUAGCACCCACGGCCGCCACUGCAUCCUUAUAAACCUGUCAACACGCGAUAGGGUGUACGUGUACGAGGAAAUGACUGAUACCAUUAUAUGAAUCUAUGUGAAGACAACACUAUCAAAAAGCAAGUGGGGAAAAAUGCAUGGUACUGUUAAUUCACCUGGGAAGUUGACUGUAUAAAUUUCCCUUUGCAGAGAAAAAUAAAUACUUGUUGUUGGUUGCCUGCUGGCAGUGGAUUUACGAUUAUGCUGCUGAGCUCAUAUAAAGUGAUUUAAAAAAAGUGACAAGAUAAACCUUCACCAUUGGCUAUAAAUACUUCACCAUUGUUUCAGUAACAACCAGUUUUCCUUAGUGUAGCUUUAGUUUCUGCUUUUUAUGAUGCUUGAGUAUUUAAAGUUAACCAAUGGCAGUGCUGUGAAAGUUGUAGUUGUUGUCUUCAUAUAUAGUCAUUCAGCUUAUCUUUUUAUGCUGACAUAAGCAUUUGUCAUUCUAUAUGCCUCUAUAUGAUUAAGAUUUGGACUGCUACUCCAGUUGUAUGCAAAAACAAAACCUGAAACAAGAAAAAAAAAUGCUUAUUGAUACAUGAACUGAUGUUAGCUCUGAUCAGUAGAGGUUAUAAGAUUAUACCCCAGGAAAGCAGUUAUGGUGUUUGAUUUUCAUUACUAUCACAGAAGGUUGAGAUGUCUUGCCUAGCAGUAACAUUUUGUACCCUUUGCUCCUCCGUUCUGUGAAGCACAUCUACACCCAUUCUGUGUGUUGUACAACCCGCCGUGUGCAUCAACUGAGUGUUUUUAAUAACUGCAUUCUGACCUGGAUAAACAGAAUUUAAUCUUUGUAGCAAGUAAGGUCACAUCUACAGUCGAAAAAUAACCCAAUGAUAAUUUAAAAUUGUAUGUUGGAUAACCUUCUGCAGGAAUUGUACAGAAGGUAUAAAACUUUUAGUUGGAUUUUGUAAGGACUGGUUAGCUUUGGAUUAAUGAUUGGCCAAAUGCAGUAAAACCACAUCAGUUCAUGUGUAAUUGUGUCUCGUGUCUUUCUUUAAAUACAAAGUGAACGACGGAGCCUCAGCUCUGAAAAUAUCAAUUUUACCUUCAGAUCACGUUGUUCUGAAUGCCCCGGUCUAUUAUUUUCAAAGUGUUCUGUCCCCAAUAAAUUAUUUCUAAUUUUC